AUGUCACCGUAUCGACAAUGCGCAAAAAGGCUCGUCGUUAUGCAAAAGCGCUCCUACAACUCAGGUCGCGACUAUAACGCGGCAGUGGUGGCGCUCAAUGGCCUCCAAAGCAACUUUUCCGCUGUGGAGGCCAUUAGGAAACUGGGGCCCGGCUCGAACAAACGCUCACUCCCGGAUAUGAUCAACUGGGUGCGCCGUAUUGGAUAUGAGCCGCCCGAGUUUGACCUCCUCAAUCCCGUCCACAUUGCGGGCACCAAAGGCAAGGGAUCGACUUCGUCCUUCAUUUCGUCUAUUCUAGGUCAGUAUCUCCCAAUGAAAAGCAGUAUCCAUGCGGAGCGUCUGCCUUCGCCGGUGGGGCUGUAUACAUCGCCACACUUACGGUUUAUCCGCGAGCGCAUAAAGAUCAACAAUGAGCCAAUCUCCGAGGACCUGUUCGCGGAAUGUUUUUGGGAGGUCUGGGAUCGUCUUGAAGCCACAAAAGUGUCGACGGGACACGAUGGCUCCAGGGCUAUCGGCGACAAGCCGGUAUACUUUCACUACCUCACCCUCAUGGCGCUUCACUGCUACAUGAAGGAGAAAGUGGGCACUGCCAUCGUUGAGUGUGGCAUUGGCGGUGAAUACGACACAACCAACAUACUUGUCAAACCAUCAGUGACGGGUAUCACAAGCCUAGGUAUCGACCAUGAAGCCUUGCUUGGUGAUACCAUCGAAUCAAUCGCCUGGCACAAAGCAGGGAUCUUCAAAAAGGGUGUCCCUGCAUUCUCGGUCACUCAGCCUACGGAAGCUUUAGAAGUGUUGCACACUAGAGCGAAAGAGCUCGGUGCUGAGCUACACAUCGUGCCUCUUCAUGAGGCUGUUCGCCACGUUGAACUGGGUCUGCAAGGCGAAUUCCAAGCACUGAACGCUUCUCUUGCAAUUGCCGUUUCUGCAGCCCACCUUCAACGAUUGGGUUACACUGGUGUGCCGGAUCCUUUCGACCCAGCAUCCAAGCUGCCGGCCGAGUUCAUUGAAGGGCUGAAGACAACACGCCUUGGUGGCCGGUGUGAAAAACGAACAGACCUCAAGUCAUCGCAUCUCACCUGGUAUAUCGAUGGUGGACAUACCCUCGAAAGUAUAGACGUGGCGGGACGGUGGUUCGCGACCAAUUCGAAGAAAUCCGACGGUGAAAACGCCCUCCGAAUUCUCGUUUUCAAUCAACAGACUCGAGACGCAUCAUUCCUCGCCAGACGCCUGCACGAUACCUUGGCCACGGCUCUUCAGGACGAGCAUCCCUUUCAACAUGCUAUCUUCUGCCCCAACACAACCUACCUGAAUGCUGGCUAUAAGCCUGAUCUUGUCUCGAUAAACACGAACAAAGACGACGUCAACAGCCUUCGCGUGCAGCAGGAGUUGGGAAAGACUUGGGACGGAAUUGAUCCAAAGUCCACGGUACAUGUUGUUGGUACUAUCGAGGAAGCGGUCGCGUUGGCUCGCAACAUAUCUGCUGGUCGCAAAGCGGAUGUCCUCACGACAGGGAGCCUGCAUUUGGUGGGCGGCUUGAUCGAGGUUCUCGAAGGCGAAGAGGAUGCAACUUCUACCAAGCUUUGA